ACAACCGCACGCAGCUGCUUUCAUUUUCCAGCGCUCGAGACGCUACGAGGAGAGAGAGGGGAGCUCGCGCCUCAUGCUCCAGGGAUAUUACCUCUGCUGGACUUGAGACCAACACAACGAUACGCAGCUUAUCCGUGCUCAUGAGCACUUAGGUGUUAGUUAGGAGCGCAGUUUGCGGGACAUAAACUGCUCUAAUGCUCUUAAGUGUUUUUACCAGCGCCGGUUUUAAUGUGUUUUAUGUGUUUGCGCUCAACAGUCAGGUAGACUUACUGGGGCAGAAUUUAACCCGAGUGUCGGCGUGUGAUUUAUCCCGUGGAUGCGGCUGUCGGGGUCGGUGUCUGAGCCCUGCAGGAUCAGCCUGUCAUAGGGCAUGAUGAUUUCUCUGGCUCUUCACAAGUGGAUGAGGAAUACUUCACCGGAGAUGCUGCUGCUGGUGCCGAUACUGUGGCUUUUACCUCUGACUGGAGCGGCUCCGUCUCAGACUACCGAGCAGCUGGACAUGGGGGUGGACUGGCUGAGUAAGUUUGGCUACCUCCCGCCUCCUGACCCAGUGACUGGUCAGCUACAGACCAAGGAGGCCCUGACCAAGGCCAUCAAAGCCAUGCAGAAGUACGGAGGCCUGAAGGAGACGGGAGUCUUAGAUCAAGCCACACUUGGUCUCAUGAAAACGCCCAGAUGUUCUCUGCCAGAUGUUUCUGAGGUGGAGGUGACAAUGGGCCGCAAGAAACGAGGCUUGAACCCUCAGAACAAAUGGAGUAAGAGGCAUCUGUCCUGGAGAGUGAGGACCUUCCCUAAGGAUUCAGCCUUACUGGGCAGGGACACUGUUCGGGCCCUGAUGUACUACGCCCUGAAGGUCUGGAGCGACAUCGCGCCUCUGAACUUCCACGAGGUGGCCGGCAGUGAUGCAGACAUUCAAAUCGACUUCACUAAGGCCGACCACAAUGAUGGAUACCCCUUUGAUGGGCCAGGGGGCACCGUGGCACACGCGUUUUUCCCUGGUGAGAGGUUCACAGCUGGGGAUACACACUUUGAUGAUGACGAGGCCUGGACCUUCAGAUCACCAGACUCUCAUGGGAUGGAUCUGUUUGCGGUUGCAGUCCAUGAGUUCGGUCACGCCAUCGGCCUGGUCCACACUUCGGCCAUAGAGUCCAUCAUGAGACCGUACUACCAGGGUCCCGUAGGAGACCCUCUGAAAUAUGACCUCCCCUAUGAAGACAAGGUCCGCGUUUGGCAGCUCUAUGGUGUCAGAGACUCGGUGUCCCAUACAAAUCGACCAGGCGACCCUGCCCAGACGGCUGAACCUCCCGUCCUGCUGGAUCUUCCUGAAAACAGAUCCACCCUCUUGCUGGCACGAGACGCCCCAGACAGAUGCACCAGUCACUUUGACGCCGUGGCCCAAAUACGAGGGGAGGCCUUCUUUUUCAAAGGAAAGUACUUUUGGCGACUAACAAGAGAGAAGCACCUGGUGUCUCUUCGUCCGGCUCAGAUCCAUCGCUUCUGGAGGGGCCUUCCCCCCAACCUGGACAGUGUGGACGCUGUGUAUGAGAGACCUGGGGACCACAAAAUAGUCUUUUUCAAAGGUCUAAAGUACUGGGUAUUUAAAGACAAUAACGUGGAGGAGGGCUACCCCCGUCCAAUCAGUGACUUUGGCCUGCCCUUGGAAGGAGUGGAUGCAGCUUUUGUUUGGCUGCACAACGACAAAACCUACUUCUUCAAGGACAACCACUACUGGCGCUACGAUGACCACCUGAGGCGUAUGGACCUGGGCUACCCUAAAGACAGCACGCUGUGGAAGGGGCUGCCGCCUCAGCUGGACGAUGCCAUGAGGUGGUCCGAUGGCUCGUCCUAUUUCUUCAAGGGGAAGGAGUACUGGCGAGUGCCGAGCAGCGACAUGGAGGUGGAGGCAGGAUACCCCCGCCUCAUCGCCAAAGACUGGCUCCUGUGCACCGAGAUGCAGUCAGACUCUCCGGACGCGGAGCCCAAAAGCACAGAGACGAGAGUCAACGUGCACCAUCACCCAGACCACGCGGAGAACGGAUACGAGGUGUGCUCCUGCACCUCCGACGACGCCUCGCCUUUAGGCGUCCGGCCCUCGCUGUCUCCCCUGUGGCUGCUGCCACCCCUCUGGACGCUCUCGCUGACCCUCCACUCUGAAUUGCUAUGAUGCCAAAGCAUGGGACGAAGUUCUCAAGCUGGGUGCAGGACAGAGACUCGUAGGUGGAGGGCCAGUGGACGCUCAGUCUGAAUACAAACUGGAACAUUUUGUUCAUAUAAAUAUCAACUGGUAUGUUUUUGCUAUUAUUUUGCUGUUAUUUAUUUCACAUGCCAUUUGAUGGUCUUCUAAAGCGCCUUGCAGUAUGAGUAGUACAUACAGUUAUCAUAUAUCAUACUAGGGCAUAUCUAGUGGGCAUCAAUCCACCGACAAUGACAAUGCUAUUACUGUGAGUUACAAGUUCUAUCUCUUCGUUUUUUUCUGGAAGAGCUAAACAGUGCAGAAAUAUGUUCACAUAAAAUACAGCAGUAUUCAAACAGCACCCAUAAUACUUACUUUGUACAUGUAUAACAAGUUUACAGCAAUAAUGAAUGGCAUCCUGGGAUGCAGAUGUUUAACAGUUGAAUGGUAUCCUGAGAUGUUUAGUGGUUGAUGUAUAAAGAGAUUUAAAGGGACGUUUUACCUUGAAGGAGCAGUUUGAUAUUUUGGGAGGUAAAUACACUUUUUCUCUUUCUGGCCGGAGUUAGAUGAAAAGAUCACCACUCUCACAUCUGUCCAGUAAAUAUUAACACUUUCCCCUGCCAGAGUAUUAUUUUAAGUUGCCAGUCACUGCCAGCAUUUUUGAUCAUAUUCACUGAUCUUUCAAGACCCACAGAAUAAUUCGUUUUAUGAAUACGUCAACAGUAUAUACAUGAAACUAAAGAAGAGAUCCUCUGUUUUUAAACACAAAAAACCAUUUUAUUCUGUUUUAUUCCAUUCAUUUUUUAUCGACACUUGAAUUUGUGCAUUUUCAUUAAAAAAAAACAACACAUCGGACAAAAAGCCGGAAAACAUGCAUUUUUAAAGUAUAAAAUCAAUUUCUCAUUUACAUUUUUGUUUUUUUCUCAUUUCCUUACGUCAGUUUGAAUUGUAUAAAUGAAAAUAAUAACAAUAAUAAUGAUAAUGAAAAUGAUAUUCUCUUUGAGGUAUAGCAGAACACGUUGCCACGUUCAGUGAUCAUUCAGUGUUCUGUUGUCUCCGUCUCCUCUGUCGUCAUCUUGUCCGUGUGUCACUGUCACCGUCAUGGAGAUCCCGUUUCGUCCCACCAAACUCAUUUGCUUCAUCGUCCAAAUGACAUUCAGAAUGUUGAUCAAAACAGGAAUUAUUGGAGUCUAAAACCAUCAACAUCACCACGGCUUGUGCAACCAUGAACUUUUCCAUCGGCACUGGCAUUUUCAUGCAGUUUACAAGCUGCUACACUUCUGUGAACAACAUCUUCCGGUUUCCAGUGGAUCUUCUUCUUCGUUUGUUUUUGGACACAGCAGUGCUGUUCUAUUGCACAAGAUGUGUGACAGUGAAAACACGGAUUGCCGGACUAUCUCAUCAAUGGUGGGGAUAGUGUUGAUCUAUAACUAGCAGCUGGUUAUCUUAGCUUAGCACUGAUACUGGAAACUGAGGAACAGCACCUUUGGACAUAACUAGGCUAGCAGUUUCCCCCUGUUUUCAGUCUUUAUGCUAAACUAAGCUAACAAAGUCCUGGCUGUAGCAUUAGGGCCCUGACACACCAAGUGGAAGGAUGGCCGUCAGUCAAUGUUGGGCCAUCGGUGAGCGUCUGUCGGCCUAAUUUUUGUGGUGUGUCUUGCACCAUUGGCACCAGUCGACAGCCUGUGUUGGCUUUUUUUCAGCUGAUUUAGCAUUUUGAAUCGGUGCCAGAAACGGCACCACUCUGAUUGCCAAUUGAGUUCAGUGUACGAGAAGAGAAAUGGAAGUGAGAAAAGCAAACAAAUGACUAAAGUUAAAAGAGUGUGAGACAAACUUGAUAUAUAAGGUAAGAUUAUUUUUUUAGCUAAUGAGCUCUUUAGCCAAAACGGUUUGUAAUUGUUUGUGUUGUUGUUCGCUGGCACACGGUAAAUAUCUUUUGUUCGUUUAGCAUCAGGGUGUGUUGCUAAUGUGCUAACUGGCUAACUAGCGUCCUUAAUCCAUCCUGUUGGUCUUCUGGUUUUCCUUUUUGCAUGAUGAAUACUGCCACCUGCUGGUAUGGAGAGUUAUGUCCUUUCAGGCAACCACAGAUCGUACGGGCCGUUGACUGUGGUCUUUGUGGUGUGUUCAAGUGCAACUUUUUUAACACAGGUGACAACAGUCCACCUUCAUGGACAGUAGUUCUUUGAUGAUGGUAUGGUGAGUCUGUGCUCUUACAUUUACCUUACAGAUAUGAGAAUGAUAUUUAUCCUAUCAUCAAACUCUCGGCAAGAAAGCAAAAAAGGGUAUUUUCCAACAUGUCAAGCUAUUGCUCAAAAUUGUGCCUGGCAAGUAGAUUUUCCUGCCAGGCUGCUUACUGCCUUCCAGCAUUCUCCAACAAUCAAAUGGUUUAAGUUUAUGCUGGUUACAGCUGAGGUUAUAAAUAUGACCACGGUUGGGGUUUGGGUCCACCAAUCCCUAGAGAAAGAGUGUUUUUACUCAACCUGACAGGAAGAGCUGCCUGCAAGAUUGUAACCAGGGUAAAGAAUGACAUCUGGGAUAUAGAUACUGUGUUUAGACAGGUGACUGACACCCAGGCAUGUAUCUAGGCAGACAGGUGAAAAGUAUCCUGAAAUGUAGUGGAGACAGAUAGUUAGGUUUACAGAUGAAUAGCCCCAUGGGAUGUUGACAGGAAGACAAAUGAAUGGCAUGCUGGGAUGUUGACAGUCAGAUGAAUGGCAUCCAGGGCUGUAAACUGGUAGACAAGUGAAUACUAUCCAGCAGAGCUAGAAAAAGGCACCCUAUGCUACAGGAAGUGUGACAAAUCAAGACUUCCUGUACGACAGAAAGUUAAAAUCUAAGAGUUGCUCUGCGCCAUUAUCCCUUCUUUACCUGUACUCCCAUGCUCCUUGAGGAUUUCCUGUUCAUGUAUGUCCAUGAACUCAUCAUUGUCAACCCAGGUACAGCAGCAUUCCCUGUCAUUAUCAGAGGCAGCAUUGGUUUUGUUGUAUUUUUGCUAAUAAAUAUGGAUAGAUUGUGAUUUCAUAUUGCUUUGAUCAGAUUAUAGUUCACAGAGCCUUUUGUUCCUCACCGCUGGACGAUGUCCUCCAUCAAUCCAAGCUCCUUCUGGUGACACUGUUAGCAGAGGUCACGAGAUAGCAACCAGAUUUAUUCUUGCUGAUAUAUUUACCUACAGUUUCAAUAUGGACACAGAUAUAUUUGAGUUGAGAUGUUCCAUGGUUCCUUCAAAACCAAGUGGACUGUGUAUAUUUCAAGGUGUGUUUUCUAAUGUAAAAUAUUUUUGUAGAAAAAUAAAAGAAUAUGAAUGAC